AUGAAUAUUGCGGAGGUACUACAGGUCGUGCAUAACCCUCGCACGCCUGAAGCCGCGAAGCAACAGACGCUCCGCCGACUCGACGGCCUCGAAGGUCGACGUGCUCCCAUACCGAAGCGACAUUCAAUGGAUCACAAUGACCGAGGACGUGAGAACCAGCGGUCAGACGAGCUGGAUAAGAGCAGAAGCUCAAGCGCGGGCCCCGGUGAGCGAGGCCGAGUUGCGAUGACUGAGGGAGCCUCGCCUCUGCUGAGCCGCAAGCUGACUACUGGAUAUUCUGGCUCGUUGUUCCCAGAUGGCUCUCCGCCAGUUAUCCAUUCACGCACAAACACAGAAGGGAGAGGAACUCACAGUGAUCCUCCUUCGAUGUCUCGUUCACCCUCCGGUGGACGACGACGCGUCACUUUCAUGGACGAGUGGGAACUCGCCGGACAAGACGUCAUCCUCAAUGAGGAAACGUCGGACCGCGAUGCGCUCCGACAAAACUGA